AUGCAAUCCGACAAUGGAAAGCUUUUCAUCGGUGGGAUAUCUUGGGACACCAAUGAGGAACGUCUCAAGGAGUAUUUUAGCAGCUUUGGAGAAGUGAUCGAAGCUGUGAUCUUGAAAGAUCGUACCACGGGUCGUGCCCGUGGCUUCGGUUUUGUAGUGUUUGCUGAUCCUGCUGUUGCUGAGAUUGUUAUUACGGAAAAGCAUAAUAUUGAUGGCAGAUUGGUUGAAGCCAAGAAAGCUGUUCCCAGAGAUGACCAGAACAUAGUAAAUAGAAGCAACAGCAGUAGCAUCCAGGGUUCUCCUGGCGGUCCAGGUCGCACAAGGAAGAUUUUUGUUGGAGGAUUACCUUCUUCGGUUACAGAGAGCGAUUUUAAGACGUAUUUUGAGCAGUUUGGGACAACUACGGAUGUGGUUGUUAUGUAUGACCACAACACACAAAGGCCUAGAGGUUUCGGAUUCAUAACUUACGAUUCCGAGGAGGCCGUUGAGAAAGUAUUGCUCAAGACAUUCCAUGAACUUAACGGUAAAAUGGUUGAGGUUAAGCGAGCUGUUCCAAAGGAGUUAUCUCCAGGUCCAAGUCGCAGCCCGCUUGGUGCAGGUUACAGCUACGGAGUUAAUAGGGUCAAUAACCUACUUAAUGGAUAUGCUCAAGGAUUUAAUCCCGCUGCAGUUGGAGGAUAUGGACUUAGAAUGGAUGGUCGGUUCAGUCCGGUUGGUGGUGGAAGAAGCGGGUUUGCAAAUUUUGGUUCAGGCUACGGGAUGAAUGUGAACUUUGAGCAAGGACUGCCCACAGGCAUGGGAGGUACAAGUUUUAAUGGAAACGUCGACUAUGGCCGAGGAAUGAGCCCGUACUACAUUGGGAACACAAACCGGUUUAGUCCUGCAGUUGGCUAUGAAGGAGGCAAUGGAGGAGGAAACUCAUCCUUCUUCAGUUCGGUUACACGGAACUUAUGGGGAGGAAACAAUGGGGGUCUUAACUAUAACAACAGCACUACAAACUCGAAUUCCAAUACAUACAUGGGAGGAUCAACAAGUGGGAACAACACGUUUAGCGGUCCAUUUGGCAAUUCGGGAGUCAAUUGGGGUGCUCCAGGAGGAGGAAACAAUGCUGUUAGUAACGAGAACGUGAAGUUUGGUUAUGGAGGAAACGGUGAAUCCGGCUUUGGGCUGGGAACAGGUGGAUAUGCAGCAAGAAACCCAGGGGUUAGCAAGGCAGCACCAUCGUCUUCAUUCUCUUCUGCCUCCGUAACCAACAACACGGGUUACGAUGCAGCAGGACUUGCAGACUUUUAUGGGAAUGGUGGUGCAGUUUAUAGUGAUCCCACAUGGAGAGCACCAACUCCUGAGACAGAAGGGCCUGCUUCUUUUAGCUAUGGCAUUGGAGGAGGAGGUCCUUCUUCAGAUGUUUCAGCUAGAAGUUCAUCUCCAGGUUAUGUUGGCAGUUACAGCGUGAACAAGAGACAACCAAACAGAGGUAAUAUGAGUUAA